GCCAGAUCCCCAACAAACCCCGCUUCUGCAUUAGCCCUCGUCAGCUUGUAGCUUCUCGUAGCAUUCACUACCUAUCGCGAAAACGUUUUGUUUUAUCGUGGCUUAGCUUGCUUAUCGAAUUUGUUUGGCUCUUCGGCUACCUUUGAGCCUGAUUUGCCUUCCAAUCGCCGUUCGCAAGCGACCAACCUAGCGCUGCCCCGGCUCCUGCCCCACGAGUACCAUUGUCGUCUUAGAAGAUGCUUUUCCUUCGCGACGACGGAUCUUCUGCGCCAAUCAGGCCUACAAUUGACCUCCAAAACGUCCGGAACUGGCGUAGAGCUUGUCGCGAGACACACGGCGCUUGUUGCAAUGACGACUACGCGAGGGCCUUGGCACAGCACAUUGAUGAACUCAUACUGGUUGAUGUGACCAAAGGCUCGCUUGCAAUCAUAUCCACCUCAGCACCGAUCAACUACGUUGCCCUUUCGUACGUUUGGGGUAACGCGCCGAUGUUCAAGACAACAAGAUCAAAUUUCGAAGUCUUGUUGCGUCCAGGAGCUCUCUAUGACAAAGGCAGCGGGAUAGUCCUUCCUGACACAGUUCGAGAUGCUAUUCACCUGGUCAAAGCCCUUGGUGAGCGGUAUCUAUGGGUGGAUUGUCUGUCUGUCAUUCAAGAUGCAGAUUUAGACACGAUCAACAUCACUUUGCGGGCUAUGGCUCGUAUAUACGCAAGUGCCGAACUCACCAUCGUUGCAGCCGGUGGUGAAGACGCAAGCUACGGUCUGAGGGGUAUUGGGGGUCCCUCGAUGGAUCGAGGUCCUAGCGUCUGUUCGUAUUCUCAUCUAUGGGAUGCUUAUCCAGAAGAUACGAAAUGGGCGACUAGGGGCUGGACAUUCCAAGAAUCUCUGUUCUCACGCCGUCUCCUCAUUUUCAAAGAUACUGUGUCGUGGAUAUGUGGGCGCUGUGAGUGGAGAGAGGGAGUUGACGAGCUCACAUCAGCGAAGGACAGCCACGAUCCCCAAGAUACCACGCCUUUGAGGAUGCGAGACACUACAUGGCCAGCAGAGCGCCCGCAUCUCGGCGUCCCAAUGGGCAUGAUGUCUUUGAUCCCUAUUAUGCCAUCUCUCGGUCGGUGGGGAAUGCUUGUGGAAAACUUUUCUUCUCGAAAUCUAACCUACGAGAAAGACGCCCCAGCAGCAUUCGCAGGCGCUACUGAGGUCAUGGACACUACUUUCCCUGACGGUCUACUUCAUGGCAUGCCGAAGUUCUUCUUUGACAUCGCAUUGCUCUGGCUACCUAAGGAGUCUGUAUGGAGACGCGAGGGCGAACCUAGUUGGUCGUGGACGGGCUGGAGGAACGGAACAAUAGACUGCCUAUCUGCUUGGUAUCCUUUUUACGCCAGUAUCUUUCGCGAUACCGGCCAUGCAUCAGAGUGGGCCUCCAUUGCGACCUUGAGACCUGUGGCAGAGUAUCGGAUAGCGAACGCGGUAGACGGAACCCAUUCGAAGUUCAAUGGUUUCUACCGAUAUCAAGCUUUUCGGGAAAAGCCUACGGAUGUGCUCCCUAAGGGAUGGAGUCGGCAUUACCACCCGGACGGCGACUACUUUACGAAUACUGCUUCUCCACAAAGCAAUAGAUAUCCGUACCCACUACCUACCAUAGAUUCGGCUGAGCGAAGGUUACACGCUCCACCUUGCCCCGUUCUUCGCUGCCUCGCUCCGUGCGCACGCCUGGCUUUUGGGCAUGUGGUAAUUUGCAACAACACGCACCGUAAGCUGAUGAGUCUGUGCAAUGAAAAGGAGAUGGUCGGUAAUCUUGCCUUAAUGUGCGAUGCUAUCAACCAUCAGCCUCAAUAUGGCAGUGUUUGUGAACUUGUCGCUAUCUCAGAAGCCGAGACCUCUCGACCAGUACGCGUGGCCAAACGUGGAUGGCCGGUCAUGUCUUUCGAGAAGAAUCAGGAGCUCCUUCACUGGAUGGUUGAGAAGGAUGAUUACCGGAAAGCAUCUUUCUACAAUGUCAUGUGGAUUGAAUGGGUUGGAAAUCUCGCAGAGAGACGAGGAAUAGGUGUCGUGCUGAAAGAUUCUUGGGACGCACUACGACCCGAGACCAAAGAAUUCAAUCUGGGUUGACUCACAUUAUGACAACAAAUGGGCACUUCAUUGACGGAAGAAUUGAACACCCUGCGGCCUACAUUGACGUUAGCUCGCCCACUUUGCAUGUUUCCAUGUUAAUGUAGGCUGUAGACCUGUUUAGCUUUUUCCUUAUCUAAGGUGCAUGUGCUUAUGUAGCUAGCUACUCUUUUAAGGCCAACUUCUCUCAAUCCAUCGAAGAGAUCAUACGCCACUUCUUCACUCCAUC